ACUUAUAUCAUGGAGAAGCCUUUUUAAUAGGAUAUAGGUUCACAUGUAUCCAAGCAUAAACAAGCAGGAACUAUAUGGGUUCCAUGGCAAACACUUGGUUCCUCUUUCUUCCUCUCUUAACAACCCUUUCACUGCUCCAAGCUACUGCCAAGAAAACUUAUAUUUUCCACAUGAACCAUAACUCCAAGCCCCACUCAUACUCUACUCACAGUGACUGGUACCAAUCCCUCACUUCCACCUCUGAUUCCCUUCUCUAUGCCUACACCACUGCAUUUCAUGGCUUCGCUGCCUAUCUCGACCCUGAAGAAGCCGAAUCUCUCAGGAAUAUGGAUUCUGUCCUUAAUGUCUUUGAGGAUACUCUCUACUCUGUCCAAACCACCCGCACACCACAAUUCCUUGGUCUCAAUUCCAACUUCGGCUUGAAUGACGGACGUAAAUUUCAAGAAAUUGAACAAGCUACUCAUGACGUUAUUGUCGGAGUUCUUGACUCUGGCGUGUGGCCAGAGUCAAAAAGUUUCGAUGACACGGGCUUGCCUGAGAUCCCAAAACGUUGGAAGGGAAAAUGUAACUCCACAAGCGAUUUCGAUCACAAACUCUGCAAUAAGAAGCUAAUUGGAGCUAAUUAUUUCUUGGAAGGACACAAGAAAAUAGCACCUAGGUCCAAGGAUAUUGCCUCGCCCCGAGACUAUGAUGGGCAUGGCACGCACACUUCUACUACAAUUGCAGGUUCGCCCGUGACAAAUGCAAGUCUGUUUGGUUUUGCAAGAGGCACCGCCCGUGGAAUGGCAGUUCAUGCCCGACUCUCAAGCUAUAAGGUCUGCUGGAGUAGCGGUUGUUCUGGAGUUGAUAUUAUAGCAGGGAUGGAUAGGGCUAUUUUAGAUGGUGUAGAUAUACUCUCUCUGUCGAUUGGCAGCAGGAAUCCCGAACCUCUUCCAUAUUUUAUUGACCCAAUCGCUUUUGCUGGAUUCACUGCAACGCACAAUGGCAUUUUCGUCUCUUGUUCAGCUGGUAACCAUGGACCUGCAAAAUCAACUGUAGCAAACGUGGCCCCAUGGCUUUUGACAGUCGGUGCCGGAAGUAUAGACCGGAACUUUCCAGCUUAUGCCUUGCUUGGUAACAAACAGCGGUUCACCGGUGUCUCGCUCUACAAAGGACCAGGAAUGGGAAGCAAGCCAGCCAGGUUGGUGUAUCGUAAGGGAAGUGAUAGUUUCAGCAAUUUAUGUUUGCCUGGUACGCUUGAACCAGCUUUGGUGAGUGGCCAUGUGGUGGUCUGCGAAGGCUAUGGCGAGGAGAAAAGUCUGGUGGUGCGUAAGGCCGGAGGGGUUGGAAUGAUACUAAUUGACAGUAUAGCUGUGAAGGCGUUGGAUACUAACAGUUUCUUGGUGCCCGCCUUAACGGUGGGGAAGAAAGUAGGUGAUUUGAUUAAGAAGUAUGUGAAGACUGAACCUAAUCCAACAGUUCUUCUAAGCUUUGGCAAGACAGUGGUAAAUGUAAGACCGUCGCCAAUUGUGGGAUCUUUUAGUUCUCGAGGGCCGAAUCCGGUGACACCACAGAUCUUGAAGCCGGAUAUUAUAGCUCCUGGAGUUAACAUCCUAGCUGCAUGGUCUGAGGCCACAAGUCCAUCAGGCUUGAAGGAGGAUUACAGGAGGACAAAGUUCAACAUUAUUUCAGGGACAUCCAUGGCAUGCCCACAUGCAAGUGGAAUAGUUGCGUUGCUCAAAGCUGCACAUCCAACUUGGAGUUUAAGUGCUAUUAAAUCAGCUCUCAUGACCACAGCCUACACUGUCGACAACACCAACUCUCUUAUACGGGAUGCCGCAACUGGUAUAUCUUCAAAUCCAUGGGCAUAUGGUUCUGGUCAUGUGGAUCCAAAGAAAGCUCUUUCUCCAGGCCUGGUUUAUGAUAUCUCCACAGAAGAUUACAUAAAAUUUUUGUGUUCAUUGAAUUAUCCUCUCAAAAUUAUCCAGGCAAUUACCAAUGAAAACUCUAAUCCCUGUUCUAAAGCAUUUAGUGAUCCUGGUGAACUCAAUUACCCAUCAUUCUCAGUCUUGUUUGGAAACAAGACAGUUGUUCAGUACACUCGGGAAUUGACAAAUGUGGAGGCUGCCAAGUCUACUUACAAAGUGAAAGUGAUUAGACCAUCGAAUGUGGCAGUAACAGUGAAACCAACUGAGCUAGUUUUCAAUAAUAUUGGAGAGAAGAAAAAAUACACAGUGAGAUUUGUGGCAAAGAAUAAUUCAAAGCCAGUAGGUGGAGUUGCAUUUGGUUCAAUUGUCUGGGAAAAUGUUAAAAACCAAGUUAGCAGCCCAGUUGCAGUUACAUGGCCAUAAUUUAUAAGCUCUCCUUGUCUGUUCUUGCUCCAUUACCAGUAGGGUAUUGGUGAUCAGUCCCUUAUUGGGUUGUUCUGUUCCUGGUUUUUCAUUAUUAAUAAUACGUUGCUGCUUUGAGAAAA